AUGAAGACACCGAUUCCCGUCAUAAAGACCCUGUCCGAGCUCAGACAUUGGAGGCAAGCGGCGCGAAUGGCAAACAACGAUGUAGCGAUUGUACCAACGAUGGGCGCACUGCACCAAGGCCAUCUCGAUCUCGUCCGACACGCACUCAAUCGGCACGCCUUGACUGUCAUGACCCUGUUUGUGAACCCCAUGCAGUUUGCCCCGACCGAAGACUUGUCGAAAUACCCACGUACUCUCGAACAGGAUCUCGCACUUUUGGCUGAGGUGGUCACAAAGCAUGCUUCCACAAGGUCCACCAUAACGGGGACUCAGCUCACGUCGACUGACGCACCGUUCAGGGCAGCAGCGUAUGAAAUUGCCUCGGCGCAAUCGCCUCUGAUAGUUUUCAAUCCCCAUCAAUACGAAAUGUACCCUUUACGUGGGGAGUUGCAAGACAUGAACAAGCACAGUGGUUUGCGUAUUGAGAUGCGGGGCAUAGGCAAUGUCCUUGAGGGGCAAAGCAGACCUCAAUUUUUCACAGGUGUCGCUACCGUCUGCACUAAACUCUUUAACGCUGUCGAGCCGGAUCAUGCGUACUUUGGUCAAAAAGACAUACAGCAGGCUCUGCUUCUCAAAUUGAUGGUGACUGACCUACUGCUGGCGCAUCCUAAACCGUCCAAUCUCCACAUUCUUCCAACUACCCGUGAUCCCACUUCUUCUCUGGCUCUAUCUAGCCGCAACGCGUAUUUGUCGCCGGAAGAGUUGAAAGUUGCGCCAGUCCUGUACAAAGCGCUGACUGCUUCGCACACAUUAUGGAAGGAAAAGGGAGCGAUAGUUACUGGCGAACAAUUGGUUGAAUGCUCCAAAUCCAUCAUAUCGGAGGAAAUGGCCGCUGUAGCUGCAUCUGGACAGGCCGUCACAUUACGCCUAGACUAUAUAGAACUAUUCGACAGAGACACCUUCACAAUCAUCCGAGGCCCAGUGCAGGAUUGGAAGACAAUGGUCCUUGCUGGAGCAGUCUUUGUAGGCAACACACGUCUGAUCGAUAAUGUCCUGUUGGGCUGGACUGUAGAUUAG